AAACGAGACUUGUUUUAGACUAAACCACUGUUUGCCCCUAGAUGACUGCUUUGUCACGUCAAAAAGACUUUACAGGACUUUUUGAGGCCAACUGAAAUCAAUUCUCGUCAUUGGCCCUUUGCUCUCGGAAGUUCUACAUGUAUGUUGGAUGAACUUUGUUGAUUAUAUUACGCCACCAUUCUUGAUGGUCAACGGAUUUGAUUGAUGCCGCUUUCUUCGCUAGGAUUGUUAAUUGCUCCGCCAACUUGAUCCAUGCUAACCAAUCCUAGUAAUUAGUGGAUAAGUAUACGGGAUUAACAACAGGAAACGCUUGUUUGCCCCUAUUAGUGAGCAGCGUUCCUCUUCAAAAAAAAAAUUCAACUUCGAUCAGAGAAAAACCGGUAAUUACUCGAGUAUUUUCUAUAAAACAUUCAACGUGAAAUUCGUGUGAACGCGGUUGGAGCAGGAGUGUGAACACAGAUGACUUACGGAAGGAGGAGAUAGCAGUGCUUUGAAUUAAAGACUAGACAGUGAUGGAACUACGAUAUUGUAUUGCAGUUUUGACUGCAUUUCUUUCAAUCAUACACUUCGCUGUGGCAGUAAAUGAAGAUGGUGAUGUGAGGUUACGUGAUGGUCACAAGCCAGGGGAGGGCCGGGUAGAAGUAUUUUAUCAAGGAGAAUGGGGUACGCUAUGUGAUGAUGGGUUCGAUUUAGCUGAUGCAAACGUCAUCUGCAGACAACUUGGGUAUUCAUCAGCAAACAGGUCUCAUUGCUGUGCUCAUUUUACGCAUGGAGAAGGUCCGAUUCUUCUGGACGACUUAGCAUGCUCGGGUCUAGAGAGCAGGAUAAGUGAGUGUCCUAACAGAGGAUGGGCUGAACAUAACUGCGCUCAUACUGAGGAUGCCAGUGUCACAUGCAAUGGGAAUAUUCGCCUACGGGGUACCAACAGUACUAUUCAAGGCCGGGUUGAGGUCUUCAGAAACUCCAACUGGGGCAGUGUGUGCAACACCGGCUGGGACUUGGUCGAUGGAGACUUGGUCUGCAAACAGCUGGGCUUUCCAGGAGCUAACGCCACCACGAGCAAUGUGCCUCUCACUCCCGCGACAGGACCGGUGCUUUUUAGCGAGGUAGGAUGUACGAGCGAAGAUGAUAUGUUCCUGAACUGCUCCAUGAACAGUACACCUGGACCGGAGUGCACCAAUCAUACUAAUGAUGCUACUGUCAUUUGUAAAAAACCCAUCAAGUUAAUGGGUGGUAGUAACCCAAUGGAGGGUUAUGUAGCUGUGUACGAUGGCUACAGAUGGGGGCCGAUAUGCGCCAAGAACUGGGGCAUAGAUGAUGCCAGAGUUGUAUGCAAGCAGAUUGGAGAUUUAGCAGUUGUUGAAGCUGUGAAUGGAAUGAUGUUUGGAAAUUCAGAUGCCAGCUACCUUGCAUCCAGUGUUGGUUGUACGGGAACAGAAGCAACAUUAGACGAGUGUCCGUCGACUAAUACUGGUGAUGCAGACUGCUUUAGGUUUACUCCGACAGAUGAAAAUCCAACGUUGCUCAAUGCAACAAGCAAUUUGGCUGGAGUUCGAUGUGCUCCUGCCGUGCGUCUCGUAAGCAACGACUUCUCAUUCUUACACGGCAAGGUGGAGGUCUUCAUGAAUGGUCAGUGGGGUGGAGUCUGCGCUGACCAGUGGGGACCCCAGGAUGCCAAGGUCGUUUGCCGUCAACUCGGGCAGUAUCCUCUAGCCAACGACUCCUGCUGUGAGCCUUCCCAAGACUCUGUCCAGAACCCAUCCCUGUAUAAUCUAAUGUGCACCGGUAAUGAGGAACGGCUUCAGGAUUGUCCUAUUGCCACAGGCUCAUCUCCUCCUACCUCUUGUAAAGCAGCUACUGCUAAAUGCCAAGUCACCGUUCGUCUUUCUGGAGGUGGGCACGAUCUAGAGGGGAGCGUUGAGAUCUCCAGAGGAGGACAAUGGGGUAAUAUAUGUGACGACAAUUGGGGCAUAGAGGAGGCAAAGGUGAUAUGUCGUCAGCUUGGAAACUAUGAGGUGGAAUCUCAUUCUGUCGGGAGUAAAUACGGCCCUCCUAGUUUCUCCUAUCUCCUGGAUGAUGUAGGAUGCGAAGGAAACGAGGUCAGGGUUGAGGAUUGUUACCAUAGCGAUUGGGGAACACAUAACUGUGGUACCAGUGAGGCAGCCGGGGUGUCUUGCAGAAAUUUACGGUUGAUAUCAGACAAUCACAACUCCAGCGUACCCAAAGGUCGUGUAGAGGUCGUUCACAAUGGUCGAUGGGGACGUGUGUGCGGAGACAACUGGGAUAGGGCAGAUGCAAAUGUUCUCUGCAGGCAGUUGUACAACAGCACUGCUGAUGGAGUUGGAAGCUUUGCACCUGGGACCGGUGUGGCCUUUAUGACAAACUUCCAAUGUAGAGGCAAUGAGACUAGUCUGACUCAGUGCACUCACGAAGAAAGAGAGAUCAACGAUUGCCAGGCAGAUGCUACUGUCAUAUGCAAAGGUGGUUUACGUCUUGUCGGUGGAAAGAGUCCAUUGGAAGGGAGAGUGGAGAUAUUUUAUGAUGGACAAUGGGGAACUAUCUGUGAUGAUGGAUGGGAUAUCAAUGAUGCAAGGGUGGUGUGUAGGCAACUUGGAGGCUAUGCCACCAUCGCGGCUAAAUGUUGCCAAGCUUACGGACCAGGGACAGGACAGAUCUUAAUGGAUGGAGUCAGCUGCGAAGGAACUGAACCCAACCUUGAAAGCUGCCCACAUGAAGGAUGGCAGUCGCACAAUUGUCAACACUAUGAGGAUUCUUCGGCCAUUUGCUCAGACAUCAGACUGACCGCCCCGAAUGGAACGGAAUCAACCAACACCCUUGAAGGCCGUGUAGAGGUCCUCCUGGAUGGUCAAUGGAAAGCUAUCUGUCCGAAAGGGUGGGAUAUGCAUGCAGCUCAGGUCGUUUGCAGCCAACUGUAUGAUACUGAUGCCAAAAGUGCUACACUGGUACCAGCUAAACCAAACCAAGACACUGGACUGACAAACUUACGAUGCCUCGGGACGGAGAAGAUGUUUACAGACUGCCCAUCCCAAACAUCAAAUGUUGUCUGUCCAUACACUACCAGAGCCGCUGUCCAGUGCAAAAAUCAUAGAGAUAAAGAUAUCAGACUGAUUGGUGGAUCUGUGCCAUCAGAGGGCGCUGUUGAAGUUCUUGUAGACGGUGACUGGGGGUUGAUCUGUGGCUAUGACUGGGGCACGGAGGAAGGACGGGUCACCUGCCGUCAGCUGGGCUACUGCGGCCUCAUUUCCACCCGUCGGGGCUGGGAACCUAAGAUCGAGGAGAGGACAACGAUGCACUGGCAUUCUAUGAACUGCACAGGGAAAGAGGACAGACUACGAGAUUGCCAAAAGUCUUGGGGUUCCUUCCCGUGUGCUUCGUACAACUUUGAAGCGGCAGUCACAUGCAAAAAUUGGUGUGAUCCACCCCACUACCUCCAGUACGGUACAUGGUCACCAAGAAGACAGCAGUAUGGACUUCACAGUAAAAUCUCAUUCACGUGUGACGAUGGCUAUGAGUUAGAUGGGGUUUCGUUCAUGGAAUGUUUGGGUGUAUGUGAAUGGAGUGCUGGUAUACCAACAUGUAAACCUUCAAAAACUGGAGGGACACCCAUUCCCCAACCUCAACAAGCUAGUGGUAUCCACCCAGCUGGUGUUUUUUUCAUUGGUCUUAUAGUAGGAGUCAUUGUUGUUGCCAUUGCAUUUGGAUUUAUUUGGUAUAUAAGACAACGGCCAACAAGACCCGCAUCUCCAAGCAGAGCGGGAAAUAUAUUCAGACCUCGCAAACAGCUUGAUGAGAUGGAGGAGCCGGUUCUAAGCUUCCAGGCUAUGAAUGUGGAUAAUGAAGAGAACGGGGAUGCUAUCUGAUGCUAUACCACGUAGUCAUGGUGAUACAUAUAUAGUCAUCAUGAAAAGACAGAGUCAAAGAAUAGACUAUUGACUGGAAUAUUGACUCCCAGAACGAUUGGACCUCACAGAUUAUUAUGCACCGUUUACGCAGCAAUGGAUUAUUCUUCGUGGCUUUUCUUUCUCAUCAGAAGAGGGUGAUUGAUGAAUAGCCUGGGUUGCACUAUAGGAGAGCUGCAUUUUGCAAAUUUGAUUUUGUUUUUGUACAUUUUUUGAAUUUUGAAAAUGGUUUGGUGACUAAUAUUUAUAUAGAAGGUAUGAUAUUGAUGGUAUAUGUAGAACAUGACUAACUGAAAGUGGUCACAUGUAGUCACUCAACCACAGGCAAUCCAUAUAAUGACUACUUAGAGUGACUAGUGGUUUGUCUCUGUUACUCUGCAAAAUAUACCAUGCAUGAGAACGACCAGAAAAAGUUGGUCUCAUCCAAUUGACCAAAGACAAUCACUUAGUCACCAAUGUCUUGUCAUGAGAAUGACUAGACAGAAGUGAGUCACAGUCAAACAUGGUCACUCACAAGAGUGACUCAUUGGUUAGUCAGUGACACAUGGCCAAAGGCAGUCAUUGAGUCGAGUGUCCAGUCACGAGAGUGACUAGACAUAAGUGGUUAGUCACAGUCACUCCACCAAAGACAAAUUACAUAGUCAAAAUAUUUGGUGAUGUCUUGAAACAAUAUCCUGAGGAUUCCUAUUGUUUCUGUAAUUCAAGGAGAAAUGUGAGACAACUGUUUUGAAUUUUCACAUAUGCAUAUUUUUCUAAAUGUAGCAAGUGCUUAGUUUACUCUUAAGCCUGUCUCAAGCUUUUGGUAAACGGUCUAAAGGCACUGCACAUCAUUGGUCUAUGAUCAGAUUUUGGAUGAUUGCAAGCUUUUAUUUUUGAGUAAAGGCCAAAAAAGUUUCAAAUUGUUGCCAGUCGUACGAUUGCUAUGACUUCAUUACGGCUAGAUAUUAAAUUAUAUUCCAAUAAGGAUGAUAGCAUAGUCACAGAUUUGAACGUAGGUUUUGGUAUGAAGAUAUAGCACAUUGCAUAGUAAGAUAUUCCAUGUCUCAAUGUUAGCACCAAAUUCUAUGUCGUUUUAUUCCAAACUCGGGUUGCAGACCAGCAGUAAGGUCUGUGUUGGCUAUAUAAUGUGACUUACAUGCAUAUUCAUCUAACAUUCCAAUUUCACAAUUGUGCAGUGGUCAUUUGAUCUUUUACAACUUGUGUUUUUAAUUUCAAUUUUGAUUGAUUUGGUAUGAUAUAUCUAAUGCCCUCUCAUUGUAAUUAUUUCUGUAUUUUCUUUAAAAAUGGCCCCAUGUGCCCUUGUCUAUAUUUAUCCUACAAAUGUGUUGAUUUGGUAUCAGAGACAAAGCAUAAAGACAUAGCAAUCGUAUGAAUUGGCUACCCUUGAGUCUUGGAAUUCUUGUUGGAAUGCUCCCCAGGGAGUGGAGAAGGUGCAAACAUUGUAUCAGGCAUGCAAGAAUCCUAUGAUCGGGGUAAUACGCAUUUAAAGACGUCGUCCCGAUGUAUUAAGCACUAUAUAAAUGCGGAAUUUAUUCUUAAAUUUUCAAUAUUAGUUUGUUCAUGCUUAAGGAAUGGGCUUGUAUCAACGAGAAGAGAUGAGAUAUUCUAUUUCAAUCUGA